AUGGUUGAAGGGAGGACCAUGGGAAACUCUACAAGUAGAAAGCAGGUCAUCUGGUUAGCUCCAAGGAGGAAUUGGAAUAAGUUAAAUUUUCAUGGGGCCAGUAGAGGCAAUCCUAGCAAAGCAGGCUAUGGUGCAGUGCUUAGAGAUGAAUAUGGAUCUUUUCUGCAAGCAAUAUAUGAAAGUAUUGGGGAGACUACAAAUAACAAAGCCGAAAUAAGGGCAUUGGAAGCAGGGGAAUUUGAAAUCACUCACUCUUACAGGGAGGGAAACAAGGUGGCAGACAUCCUAGCUAAUAUGGGAGUAACAUUAGAAAGGAAUAAAAAUGUCAUUAGAAAGUACGAGGUGAUGGGAGACAUUGAAGAAUUGGUAUGCAAAGAAAUGACUGUUGUUUCCCAUGAAGGCAUUGGGUAA